UCCCGUUCCCGGUAGGUGGUUGGCACGCCCGUUCAGGAGUAUCUCUCACGAGACUGCUAGCUUUACUUGCCGCUGCCGCGCUGCCCCGGCAAGCAAGCGAGCGGAGCCUGCCGAGAUUCGAUCCCCCGCCUCCCCGCUGCGGCGCAAGUGCAACCACCACCAACCUCCCGAGACCACGAGACCGCACCUCACUCCCCCCGCGCAGCCGCGGGAGCUCGAGAUCUGACCUGAGGCGCUCUCCGCUCCGCUCUGCUCUGCUCUGCCACGCUCUGCUCGCCCCCAAUGCCGCGAGCGGGAGGAGCGGCGCCGGCGGUGAGACGGUAAUACCACUAUAUAGCACGGAGCACUAGCCGACCCGUCUCGGGGAAUGAGGCCGCGGCGGCACUCGUACGGCAGGGGCGGCAGGAGCGCGGCGGCGGCGGUGCUGCUGGUGCUCUGCCUCUGCGUCACCGGCGUCUUCCUCCUGCUCCUGCACGGCUCCUCCCCGCCGCUGGACGCGGAGGGAGGGAAGGAGCAGGCGGCCGCGGCGGGAGGAGGAGGGGGAAGGCACGAGGGGCCGGUGGUCCUGGCCGAGGUGGAGGAGGCGCCGCUGCCGCCGGGGAACGCCAGGGUCGCCUUCCUCUUCAUCGCCCGCAACCGCCUCCCGCUCGACCUCGUCUGGGACGCAUUCUUCCGUGGCGACAAUGAGGGGAGGUUCUCCAUCUUCGUGCACUCGCGGCCAGGCUUCGUGCUCACCCGCGCCACCACCCGCUCCCGCUUCUUUUACAACCGGCAGGUCAACAACAGCGUCCAGGUGGAUUGGGGGGAGGCGAGCAUGAUCGAGGCCGAGCGCAUCCUUCUCAGCCAUGCACUCAAGGAUCCCUUCAAUGAGCGCUUCGUUUUUGUGUCCGACAGUUGUGUACCAUUGUACAAUUUCAACUACACUUAUGACUACAUAAUGUCUGCAUCAACCAGCUUUGUGGACAGUUUCGCCGAUACAAAACAGGGCAGGUACAAUCCACGAAUGGACCCAAUCAUCCCGGUGGAGAAUUGGAGAAAAGGCUCGCAGUGGGCUGUGCUGAUUAAAAAGCAUGCUGAAGUUGUGGUUUAUGAUGAUGUGGUGUUGCCAGAAUUCAAGAAGCAUUGCAGGAGAAGGCCCUUACCAGAGUUCUGGCGGGACUGGGAUAAACCUAUUCCUGCUGAGGCAUGGAAGGCACAUAACUGCAUACCAGAUGAGCACUAUGUUCAAACAUUGCUUGCACAAAAUGGGCUUGAAGAAGAGCUUACCCGGAGAUCAGUUACACAUAGCGCAUGGGAUCUAUCAUCUUCUAAAGAUCGUGAAAGGCGUGGAUGGCAUCCUGUAACAUACAAAGUCUCUGAUGCUACACCCGCACUUAUAAAAUCCAUUAAGGAUAUUGAUAAUAUAUAUUAUGAGACCGAAUAUAGAAGAGAGUGGUGCACAAGUAAUGAGAGACCAGCACCUUGCUUCCUCUUUGCAAGGAAGUUUACACGCGGAGCCGGUCUGAAGCUUCUUAACUCAUCAUUUAUAGCAGCAAGAUGAUGAGUAUAUAGUGCAGGGGACAUCUGCCAUGUAAAGGUUUUCUCCCUUACAAGCAGAAUACUGCCAGUUUGCAUAUACCUAAAGGAAAAGGGGUGGAGGUGACAGAAAAUAGCAGCGAUUUUUGGCGUGUGUUAGAUAUAAUUUGUUGUACUCUAGAGAGUACAAUAGGGUGUUGUAAAGAGAUAAACUUAUGCUUCAUAUAGCGCUAGGUUAGUACACAUGUUAGCUCACAGCUCAGCUCAGCAUUGUAACUGGAACCGUAAGCAACUAUCCACAGUUGGAUCUGGAAGAACCACUUAAGUUCUAUUCUUGAGAAAAUCCUUUCUGCAAAUUUAUGGAACCAGUUGCAUCUUGUGGCA